AUGGAACCGAAUCAAAGGCAGAGCCUUGAAGAAAGCAACGAGCUUGAACAGCAGAGCAAUAGCAGUAGCAACGACAACACCACCUCAGCAUCCGACCCAUCAGUGGCGGACCCUCCGGAGAAAAUAUUUCCCUUGACGGCGCCGACGAUGAAAGAAGAGCUGACGGACACAGUGCAAGAACUGGACGAAGGAUCUCUGCCUAUGGGUCUUAUUCAGGUGCCGGUUCCUACGUCGUCGGAGAAACAAGUGGUGGCCGCAAAGAGGUCGUCGAAGGACCGCCACACGAAGGUGGAGGGCCGGGGCCGGAGGAUCCGAAUGCCCGCCACGUGUGCGGCCAGGAUUUUUCAACUGACUCGAGAACUUGGCCACAAGUCCGACGGCGAAACCAUAAGGUGGCUGCUCGAGCACGCCGAGCCUGCUAUUAUGCAAGCCACGGGCACAGGCACAGUCCCCGCCAUUGCCGUCUCCGUCGGUGGCACUCUAAAGAUACCCACAACGUCACCGGCGAGACCCAACGGUGAGAUUACUGAAAUACCCAGAAAGCGACGGAAGAGAGGGUCGAACAGUGAGUUCGUUGAUGUGCAUGAGCAGAGCUCUGUGUCUAGUGGGUUGGCCCCAAUGAGCUAUGGCGGCGGUGGCGGCGGCGGUGGGGCACAUGGGUUGGUGCCCAUGUGGCAAGUUGGGGCAACUGGUGCAGCUGGGCCUUUCUUCAUGUUCCCAAACAACGGGGCUAUGAACCCAAACCAGCCCCAGCUUUGGGCUGUUCCAGCUGCGGAUGCUGCAAACCCGAUUUUCAAUUUCCAAGCAAGACCCAUCUCCAAUUUCUUGUCGGCUUUUCAACCAGGUGUUCACGUUGUUGGUGGGGAUGUGCAGUUGCAGGCCUCUUCGGGUUCGAUUUCGAGCGGUGCAACUUCGGGUUCGGGGGGGAGCUGUUCGUCUAGUUUGGGACCCAGUUUGGGCUCAGCCUCAGGAACCAGAGCUAAUAAGAACACCAUUUCUACUGGUAGUGGGACUGGUGCUAGUGCUGCUGCUGCUGCUGCUAGUGCCACAACAACUCAGAUGUUGAGGGAUUUUUCUUUGGAGAUUUAUGAUAAGAGAGAGCUUCAGUUCAUGGGUGCAAAUUCACAAACACCAUACUCUAAGCCUUAG